GAAGCAUUCUAAUAAAGUCAGUCGUCUUAAACUCUCUGUCGUACAAACCAGUUCCGGUGUUUUGGGUACGAUUUUCUCAACUCAAUCAAAUUCAAAGCAAAACCCAUCUGAACAAAAUGGCACAUGGUUUUGGAGAUUGUUUGCUAUCUUUUACAAUUAUAUUAUUGGCAUUGAGCAUACCAUGUUCACAAUCUCUGAGGAUCAAAAACAGAAUCAAGACAAAAUCUGCUGUUUUCUUGUCCCCCAAGUUUGAUCUGGGACCAGGAUCAGUGCAGGACAAGAAUUACUAUGACAUUGAUUUCCCAAGAGGUCACAUUGCAUUCAAAAGAUUUGACGCUGAAGUAGUUGAUGAAGCAGGGCGUUCUGUCCCUCUUCAUGAAGUUUAUCUUCACCAUUGGGCCCUCGUGAGGUAUCGUAUUCGAAAAGGUGUCCCGGAUGCAGAACAUGAUGCCACUCAGAGACGUAAUCAGUCAGACUUUGUGCUUGUAAGGAACAGUGGGAUAUGCCAAGGGAAUGCUCUAGGGCAGUACUAUGGCAUUGGCUCAGAAACACGAAAACUUUCCACGUUUGUUCCCGAUCCAUAUGGGAUGGAGGUUGGAAACCCUGCAGAGAUUCCUGACGGGUUUGAGGAGAGAUGGUUUCUCAACGUGCAUGCGAUAGACACAAGGGGUGCGGUUGAUAGGUUGGGAUGCACUGAGUGCAGGUGCGAUCUGUAUAAUGUCACCAAGGAUGAGCAUGGCCAUCCUUUGAGUCCAGAUUACAUUGGAGGCCUGCGCUGUUGCUAUGAUCAAACACAGUGCAAAGUGAGAGAAGGCUUUCAGGGUGCCAGGAGAAGCCUCUACCUUAGAUACACCGUGGAAUGGGCUGAUUGGUCUGAUUUUAUCUUGCCUGUUCAGAUCUAUAUUUUUGACGUAACAGACACUUGGACUGGUUUGAACUCGGCCGAACACAAUUGCAUAGUUGAAUAUGAUAUUGCAAAAUCUUGCAAGACUACUACUGAUGGGACGAAUCAUGAGUGCAUUGACACUAAAAGGAACAAGGCCAGGAUACCGUCUAGCGGAUAUAUCGUCUAUGGCGUUGCACACCAGCAUACAGGAGGACUCAGUUCAACACUGUACGGAGAGGAUGGGAGGGUGUUAUGCUCGUCAAUACCGAUCUAUGGAAAAGGAAAGGAAGCGGGAAAUGAGAAAGGUUACAUCGUCGGAAUGACCACUUGCUAUCCUCAACCAGGCUCUGUCAAGAUACUUGAUGGGGAGACUAUGAUUCUUGAGUCAAAUUACAGCAGCAGCCAACCCCACACAGGGGUUAUGGGGCUUUUCUACAUUUUGGUUGCUGACAAAUUGCCAAAUCCAUCUCUCUCCAUGCACUCUCCACUUUGAAUGAGACACCUUUCUUUUAAAGCACUACCUUUGUAUGAUUGGAGUUAAUGUAGUGUAUCUAUGUCUUCAGGGAUCUUGAUGGGGCGUGCAAUAUAAUUACUAAGAAGAAUAAAUUUGAGUUUGAGUUUGAGCUUGACAGUAUGAAGAAAUGUAUCUCCAAUGUAAACAUUCAAGUUUUCUUGAGAAACAAGAAUUUCUCUGGUAUGCCUAUCUUACUUAUAGUGGCA